AUGGCAUUGCGGCUUGUCACACUUUUGCUAGCCCUCAACUCCAUUGAGUGUACAACUCGCAAGUACUACAUCGGAAUCAGGGAGGAGGACUGGAAUUACGCACCCAGCGGCAAAAACCUCGUCAGCGGGGAAAACAUCGGUGAUGAUGAACAUGCAUCUGUGUUCCUGACGCGAGGCCCUCACCAAAUUGGCAGCGUUUACAAGAAGGCCCUUUACAAACAAUAUACAGACUCUACUUUUUCUACUGAGAUCCCUAAACCCGCCUGGCUGGGUUUCCUGGGCCCAGUGCUCCGGGCUGAGGUCGGUGAUGUGAUUGUGGUCCAUCUGAAGAACUUUGCCUCUAGACCAUAUUCCAUUCAUCCACAUGGAGUUUUCUACGAGAAAGACUCUGAGGGUGCGCUGUAUCCAGAUGAGACAUCUGGGAAGCUGAAGGAGGAUGAUCAGGUCCCACCUGGGCACAGCUACACCUACACAUGGAGGGUCAAACCGGAAUACGCUCCAACAGAGGCUGAUGCUAACUGCCUCACCUGGACUUAUCAUUCUCAUGGUGACGCACCCAAAGACAUCGCAUCAGGACUCAUAGGGUCUCUGCUCACCUGUAAGAAAGGGGUUCUGAAAGAUGAUGCGAGUCGCUCUGAUGUGGAUCAGGACUUCAUCCUCAUGUUUAGUGUUGCGAAUGAGAACCUCAGCUGGUACCUUGAUGAGAACAUUAAGAGGUUCUGCACAGACCCAGAUGGGGUUAAUAAGGAGGACGAAGACUUUCAGGAGUCCAAUUUAAUGCACUCUAUAAAUGGAUAUGUGUAUGGUAACUUGCCUGGUUUGGAGGUUUGUACAGGCAGCUUGGUGUCCUGGCAUCUUUUUGGUAUUGGUAAUGAAGUUGAUAUUCACUCCGCCUACUUCCAUGGCCACACCCUUCUGGACAGAGGUCAUCGUACUGAUGUCCUCAGUCUGUUUCCCGCCACUUUUGUCACUGCGGAGAUGAUUCCCAGGACAAUUGGGAAAUGGUUGCUAAGCUGUCAGGUCAAUGACCAUAUACAAGCGGGUAUGCAGGCCUUCUACCAGGUCUCUGUCUGUGACUCAAAGUCUGAAGCAGCACCAACAGCGCCCCCUGGCCGUGAGAGACAUUACUACAUAGCAGCAGAAGAGAUUAUCUGGAACUAUGCACCCUCUGAUGUGAACAACUUUACUGGCCAACCUCUAACGGAACCGGAGAGUGAUUCAGAGGUCUUCUUCAGUAGAGACGGGGGUCGACUGGGUGGAAAAUACCUGAAAGUCCAUUAUACACAGUACACUGACAGUACAUUCACUACCAAAGAAAACUCGACACAGAGCCUCGGCAUUCUGGGCCCAGUCAUCCGGGCGGAGACAGGUGAUGUUGUGGUGGUAAUGUUCCUGAACAAAGCCAAGUAUAACUACAGUAUCCAGCCUCACAGUCUGCAUUAUGAAAAAGCUUAUGAAGGAGCCACAUACCAAGACGGAUCCCAGAAGGAUGGAGCUAGUGUACCUCCAGGUGGACGUUUCGUCUACCGGUGGAAAGUGACUGAAGGUCCCUCUGACAAUGACCCGCCCUGUUUAUCAUAUUUAUAUUACUCUGCCUCUGACCCCGUACGUGACACCAACUCAGGCCUGGUGGGGCCGCUACUGGUGUGUAAGAGAGGAGCACUGGAUGACAGUAUGAUGCAGAAAGAAGUAGCCAGGGAAUUUUUCCUGCUUUUCUCUGUGAUUGAUGAGAAUGAGAGCUGGUACCUGGAUGACAACAUUCAGAAGUUUGGCAGUAACCAGACUGACAAAAACAGCCCAGAUUUUCAGGAGAGCAAUAAAAUGCAUGCGGUAAAUGGCUAUAUGUACGGGAACCUUCCUGGACUAGAUCUGUGUGAGGGGGACCGUGUUGUAUGGCACACACUGGGUUUGGGAACUGAAGUAGACAUUCAUGGUGUUCAUUUCCAGGGGAACACUUUUAAAAGGGACAACAUGAACCGGGAUACCCUGAGUCUCUUCCCCCACACCGCUGCCACGGUUACCAUGACACCAGACAACGAGGGUACAUUUGAGGUGAGCUGCUAUACAACCGAUCACUACAGAGCGGGCAUGCGGCAACACUACACAGUCAAGCGCUGUUCGGCGGGUCAGAGGUCAAAAGCCGCGACCUCUCCACCUACUGUCCGUUACUAUCUAUCUGCAUUAGAGGUGGAGUGGGAUCACGCACCUGAUCGGACCUGGGAACUGGAAACACACGGUGGAAAUUACAGUUAUGGAGACGUGUUCCUCACUCACUCGGAGAAUCGGAUUGGCUCUAAAUACAAAAAGGUCGUGUUGCGUGAAUACACAGACGACACUUUCAGGAUACAGAAAAAACAUGAAGAGCAUCUGGGCAUUCUGGGUCCUAUUCUCAGGGCUGAGGUUGGUGAGAGGAUUCAGGUUGUGUUUAAGAAUAAAGCCACUAAACCGUUUUCACUUUACGCUCAUGGUGUGAAGACCAGAGGGGGAAACCAGUCACCUGCUCAGCCAGACAGUAUGAUGACAUAUGAGUGGGACAUUCCAGAAAGAUCCGGCCCAGGACCGUCUGAUCCAGCGUGUAUAACAUAUGCUUACUACUCUCAGGCUGAUGUUGUCAAGGACUUGAUGAGUGGUUUAGCGGGACCACUGGUUGUGUGUCGUAAAGGGACUCUGAAUGAUCAGAGACAGAGGACAGAUGUACAGAGAGAGUUUGCUCUGCUCUUCAUGGUGUUUGAUGAGAACCAGUCCUGGUACCUGGAUGACAACAUUAAAACUUACCUCAACAAGGAUCCAAAACACUUCAACAAAGACGACCCAGGCUUUAUGGAAAGCAACCUGAUGCACGGUAUAAACGGAAGGCUGUAUGCUAACCUGCAGGGUCUGGUAAUGAGCGAGGGGGAGAAGGUUGACUGGUACCUGAUUGGACUGGGAAAUGAGGUGGACAUACACACAGUCCAUUUUCAUGCUGAGAGUUUCAUCUACAAGAUGGAUCACUCUCAUCGCGCAGACGUGUUUGACUUAUUCCCUGGAACCUUCCAGACCAUCGAGAUGACAGCCGGGAAUGCUGGGACGUGGCUGCUGCACUGUCAUGUCACUGAUCAUAUUCACUCUGGCAUGGAAACCACCUUCAAAAUUACCUCUAACACAGGAACCAGAAGUGGCUCAUCAGGAAACAGUUCUAAUGCUUCCACACAGAUAAGAGGCUCCUCCUUUAUCCUGGCUCUCCUGGGAUUGGUUCUCUUGGCCAUGAGACCAUGA